AGUGUAAAUCAGAUUUAUUUGAACUUUUUUCUCUUGAGCUCGAGGCUUUUCUGCUGAAACUGUGGUUCAGGUCAUCCCCGCUCUCGGCGAGUCACAACCCAAGUUUUAACUUUUAUCUGUGCUUCAAUACAGGCUCACAAAUUUACCGUGUUGCAAGAUAUCAACGGCAAAUGGGAGCGUGAGUCGGAGAUAGUACUGGUAUCUCAUCUUGUCUGAGUCUUUGAAGUUUGUAACCUGGACUGUUCACUUCUGAUAAUGUAUACCAGUGCUUCUUUUGCACCACUGGGACAUACUCAAACUCUUUAACGAUAAGCCAAGACUGUAAUACAUCUACUUCUUACCUCUCAAAACAGCAUAUCGGACAAAUAUCGGUUUGAGAACGAGAGUCAUCCGGACAAAGUGCCACUACAGGUUCAGUCUUCCUUUGUUCCACCAUCUAGGCGCUAGCAGAAUACGACGACGACGACAAUGUCCAGCAUUCACAAGAUCCUCGUUUCAUCCUACACCGACAAGGUCUACACCGUUGCCUUCGAUGCAGCGAAUCCAUCGCUCACUCCCCUUUCAGCCACCACGGUGGGACGUAAUCCUUCGUGGCUCACAGCUCAUCCCACGGAUCGUUCUGUCGUAUAUGCAGGCCUCGAACAGCCUUCCGGUGAGGUUGUUGCGUUGAAAUUCGACGAACAGGGCAAAGGAGAGGUAGUCGGGAGAGCACCAAGCGGUGGGGGAGAUCCAUGCACGUUGCUUGCAACUGAGAAUGAGGUUAUCAUUGGAAAUUAUGCCACUGGGGUCAUCGCAACUCUUCCUAUCUCUGCUAAGUCACCCUACAUUCUGUCGACAGAGCCGUGGACACUCCAGGUGGCGGGAACAGGCCCAAACAAAGAGCGCCAAAAAUCAUCGCACCCACAUCAGAUCAUCUUCCAUCCCAGUCGUGACGAGCUGCUCGUCCCUGACCUUGGUGCUGACAAGAUAUGGAGACUUGCAAAAGGUGCCAGCGGACAGUGGGAGAUAAAUGGGUACGUACAGUGUGCCCCUGGCGGUGGACCAAGGCACAUUGCAUUUUAUGGGGAAAACCUGUACACAUUGUACGAACUUGUAAGCGUCGUCGUUGUACAUCGCUUUCCGCCUCUCCCCGAAGAACCCACCCUCCUGGCACAAGCAUCGACACUCACCGAGCCGUCUCCUACCCCCCCUGGAAUGCUUGCGGCAGAGAUAUUAAUUCCCGAGCCAAAUAAGACGUACCCUACGCCCUACCUAUAUAUCACUAACAGAAAUGACCCAUCUCCUGAGGGUGAUACCAUAGCAAUAUUCUCCAUUGCUGAAGGUGCACCUCGACUCGUGAAAGAAGUGCGAACCGGAUUGAAGCAUGUACGUGGAAUGGUAUUUGGGGGAGAAGACGAUCGAUGGUUAAUCGCUGGAGGUGUGGAGGGUGGCGGAAUCAAGGUAUUUGAGCGCUUCGAGGGUGGUGGGGCUUUGAAAGAAGUGGCAGCUAUGGCAGAGGGACAGGGUGUGAGUAAACCUACGGGGUUCUCGUGGCUCUAAGUCCGCGCUUUUAAGGCCCCAUCCGUUAUGUCUUGUUGUUGAUGUUUUUUUCGUCAAAUCUCGUGGUGAGCAGUACUUUCACCUCUUUAACGUUCCACUCGAAAGCUAUCUGGAUUGUGGGCUCCAUAAAUAACUAUCAAUUAUGCGCUUGAUUUCACAUAGAGAUCUAUCUUG